AUGGCGGAUGAGAAUAUCUGGCGAAAAGCCUACUUGGGGAGUGCGCGCAUUCGGUGUGACUCCCUUGUUCCUACCCAAGGUCCCGAAUUGUCACUGAACCCCUCAAAGCUUAAACCGCUAGUGGAUAUUUUCUCGAACGGUCGCUGUCGACCCUUUGAUGAGAGCCACCGAAUACGAGUCCUUUUAACCCGAGAUGAGUGGAGGACACUCAAAGAGGGUAUCAGCAUACGGGAGCUCAAUCAAUUGGCCCUGCCACCCCUUGAACUCCGUGAAGGAGUACGAUUGAGGUAUCUACAUGGGCGCCAUCGGCUGGCCGCAUGCCAGAUUGUUAUGCCCCCGCCAGAUCAGUGGUGGGGCGUUGACUUCUACCUCAAAGAGCAAAUACCUUCCCGGCUUCAAUUUGAACAUUUAAUUCAAUACGAAAAUACGCAACCAUACAGCGAUGGGAUUAUAUUCCGCGAAAUUUGCCAACGACGGGGGGACGACCCAGAACAAUGCCAACUCUGGUUGACCAGACUUGCGGCGAAUCCUAGCAAGAUUCGUGAUCUACGGCAACUCCUUCGACAACAACGAUUAUUUCCUCUUGUGGACGCAUUUGUAUCUCUCUUUCCCCUAGAAGGUCUAUGGCAGGACUUCAGGUUGGGAACCUUCCAUCGAAUUCUCACCCUGCGCUGCACAGAGGAACUCACAGAAUACUUACGACACAUAAAACGGACCUGGGAGUUCUUGCUUGGAGAUGCUCCGUUUUAUGUUGAUGCAUACACCAUCAGGUGCCUUGAAGGUCGCUCUCCGCACUACUCGAGAAUCGAUCGAGGGCAUAUCCGUCGCAGUAUCAACGAUCGUUCAGCAUUUUUCUGGGUAGCCAAUGAAGAUCAAAGGGUGGGUAUUCAAGAAAGAUGUUGCAAAGUCGGCCAUAUCAUUCCGUCAAUACGGACAUUCCUGGAAGACACAAUGUGGUUAGAACCACCCAGCAGAGUAAUCAGACGGCUUUUACCUUCCAAAUCACAUACAACGAUUCGCCGAGCACUUUGGCAAUGUUAUGUUGGCUCGGAGCACCAAAAGCAAGAAGAAUUCGCUGAAGCCUACCGGAAACUCUGGCUUCAUGCUCUCAGACACUUUCACGACCUGGAUACUCUUCAGCCCCGACGGGAAAACAGAAGAUCAUCAUUGUUGCCACCUCGUUCUCCUACCGAGGCUUGGUUGAGACUGGCGGAGCUUGCUCGCUCUCUCGGCUUUCAUACGUCUGUUGUCAUGAGCGCGCAACACUCUGUGAAUAUCGAGGAAGCCAUGACCCCUGUUCGAAGGUAUCCCAGAGUGACUAUCCCAGUGCACCAAAAAUUCGACAUAAGGCGCCGGUGUGGACGCAUGUUUGAGCUUGCCUACAAAUCUAACCAGAGGGAUCUGCACCUCACGAACAUCUACCGUACGUUGACUGCGGAAGAUAUUGACAAUAGUGUCACAGCAUUUGCUGUCUCCCGAGAUACCUUCAUGGCCUUUUUUGGUCGUAGCCGGCCUUCUACUCUCAAGAUAUUUCCUGACCCUGAAAAUGAAUUGCUGAUGUCGGUGCAAGUCUCGGCCGAGGCUAUUGACAGUAUCUACAGGGCAUCGUUUUGCUACGAAGAUGAGUGCCUCAAUGAGUCUGACGGCCAGGACACCAAUGAGGUCGCGGAGUCUGCACAGGAGCCAAUGGAUACGGUCAUGAAUGAUAUUGCGAAUCUCCAAGUUCCACAUCGACAUGACACUCCAGCACAAACCUUGGACAGGAUAAUUGUCGAAGCGCCUGAUAGUGCUGCCUCACACCUGGUCUGGCCUCAGGGAAUGUCGCCGAGGCCACCGACUGGGCCCAUAGACCAUGAAAUGUUAGAAGACCACUCGCAGGAGCAACAGCAAUCGGAGCAGGAAAUUCCGGACAUCACGGAAGAUCCCUCUGGUGAACAGCAGCAACCAGACGCCCUUAAGCCGAUGGAAGCAAGGGAAGACAGUUCCUCGAGCCCAGGUUUACAAAACGAUUCCGCCAUUCUUCCUGCAGCAAAUAGCGCUCCUUUCAGAGAUACGCACUCUAGCAGGACAUAUGGGUUUCCUUCGCAAUCUUCUCGGACAUUGGAGUUGACUUCGGAGGAACAAUUACCACCUGGCUACCAUCUCUAA